AUGGGGCGCGCAGCCGCUCUGCUCUUUGCUCAACAGGGUGCAAAGAUAAGCAUUCUGGAUCUUGAUAUUCGGGCUGCUGAAGACACAGUCGAGGAGAUUCAAGGGGUCGGUGGUCAAGCUCAAGCCUGGAAGGUCGAUGUCAGCUCGGCGUCUCAAGUAAAUGACAGCAUUGCUGCGGCAGUAGAUCGAUUCGGCAGCAUUGAUCAUCUCUUUAACCAUGCCGGGAUUGUUACCGUUGGUGCGCUUCAUUCCAUGAGUGAGGGUGAUUUUCAGAAGAUUUUUGAUGUCAAUGUGAAAUCUGCAUUCUUUGUAUGCAGUAACGUUGUUGAGCGUAUGACUAAAACAGGGGGUGGGACGAUAGUAAUUACCUCUUCCGUCUCAGCCGAGCGUGCUUUUGCUCUUGAAGCUCUUUACAACAUGACGAAGUCGGCAGUUGUUAUGCUCGCAAAAUCGAUCUGCGCCGAAUAUAGGGAAAAUAACAUUCGGGCGAACGCUAUUUGCCCAGCCUUCGUCCGUACCGAUCAUGGACUAAAAGAGAUCGAAGAUUUCGCAGCGCUGGGACAUGUAUGGGAUGACUCGGCCCUUAAAGAUACUCAAUUGCGAAUUUGCGAACCUGAAGAGACAGGGGAGGCGGUGCUGUUUUUGUCCUCUGAUGCUGCGAGUUUUAUCAAUGGCCAGGCUUUGACCUUGGACAAUGGUUGGUUCGCAAAAGGU